UCGGAGUCUCUGGAUAAGGCACCGGAAGUGACCGCCUCGCGGAUGCUUCCUCUCCUGGAGUCCGCAGUCCCGCUGCUCCGCCGCGAUAUUCGGUAAACCACUGGGAGUCCGGCAGCAUGGAGGCAGCACGCCCUCCCACGACCGCAGGGAAGUUCGUGGUGGUCGGCGGCGGCAUCGCGGGCGUCACUUGUGCGGAGCAGUUGGCUACUCACUUUCCAUCAGAAGAUAUUCUCUUGGUAACAGCUUCUCCUGUUAUUAAAGCAGUUACAAAUUUCAAGCAGAUUUCUAAAAUAUUGGAAGAAUUUGAUGUUGAAGAACAAUCAAGUACCAUGUUAGAAAAACGCUUUCCCAACAUUAAGGUUAUAGAAUCUGGCGUAAAGCAACUGAAGAGUGAAGAACACUGCAUUGUAACAGAAGAUGGCAAUCAGCAUGUAUAUAAGAAACUCUGUCUGUGUGCUGGAGCUAAACCAAAGUUGAUAUGUGAAGGAAAUCCUUAUGUAUUAGGAAUCCGUGAUACAGACAGUGCUCAGGAGUUUCAGAAACAGCUUAUUAAAGCUAAAAGAAUAAUGAUCAUAGGGAACGGUGGUAUUGCACUUGAGUUAGUGUAUGAAAUUGAAGGCUGUGAAGUGAUUUGGGCCAUUAAAGAUAAAGCUAUAGGGAAUACUUUCUUCGAUGCAGGAGCAGCUGAAUUCUUGACUUCAAAGCUCAUUGCUGAAAAAUCAGAGGCUAAAAUUGCACAUAAAAGAACCAGAUAUACAACUGAAGGAAGGAAAAAGGAAGCUAGAAGCAAAUGUAAAUCAGAUAAUGUAGGCAGUGCGUUGGGACCAGAUUGGCAUGAAGGCUUGAAUCUUAAAGGAACAAAAGAGUUUUCUCAUAAGAUUCACCUUGAAACUAUGUGUGAAGUAAAGAAAAUCUACCUUCAGGAUGAGUUUAGAAUUUUGAAGAAAAAGUCCUUCACUUUUCCAAGAGACCAUAAGUCAGUUACAACUGAUACAGAGAUGUGGCCUGUCUAUGUGGAAUUGACCAAUGAAAAGAUAUAUGGCUGUGAUUUCAUUGUCAGUGCUACAGGAGUUACACCAAACGUAGAACCUUUUCUCCAUGGUAACAGUUUUGAACUAGGAGAAGAUGGUGGCCUGAAAGUGGAUGAUCAUAUGCACACAUCCCUUCCUGAUGUCUAUGCUGCCGGUGACAUCUGUACUACAGCCUGGCAGCUGAGCCCAGUCUGGCAGCAGAUGAGGCUGUGGACCCAGGCUAGACAGAUGGGAUGGUAUGCAGCAAAGUGCAUGGCUGCAGCGAGUUCAGGAGACUCUAUUGACAUGGAUUUCAGCUUUGAACUGUUUGCUCAUGUGACAAAAUUUUUUAACUAUAAGGUUGUACUGCUGGGAAAAUACAAUGCACAGGGCUUAGGUUCAGAUCAUGAAUUAAUGCUGAGAUGUACCAAAGGACAAGAAUAUGUCAAAGUCGUCAUGCAAAAUGGACGAAUGAUGGGAGCUGUCUUAAUUGGUGAAACUGAUUUAGAAGAAACAUUUGAAAACCUAAUCUUAAACCAAAUGAAUCUUUCAUCAUAUGGAGAAGAUCUGCUAGAUCCAAAUAUUGAUAUAGAAGAUUAUUUUGACUAAAAAUGGAAUUUCUUCAAGAAUCAUAUAAAGUUCCAAAUGAUACCAGCAAAAUCACAAGUCAAUAAAAUGAAUGACUGUAUUGAGUUAAUGAUGACCACAUUGAAAAUUACAGAAGUGAUAAUGAUAUUAGUGGAAAAGUAUAAAAACAUAAAUUCUAAGUUUGAAAUCAGUUCAAAGUUUAUUUAUAGAUAUGAUAGAUAUUAUCUUUCCAAUACAACACUGACCGCUUAGAUAAAAAUCAAGUUAUUUAUUUCUAUGUUUUAAACAUAAAUAUGUUUACUUGUGAUUUAGCUUUGGAGCAAAUUUAGCUAAGUUACCUACUUAGCCAAAUGUACUCUAGUAAACUAGAACCAUUCUUUGUGAAAUGUCAAAAUAUGGCUGUGGUUUCAGGAACUUUAAAAUCGGUUUUAUUUUACUUUAAAUAGAGAUGUAGCAAUAUCUCGUUUGCUAAUAUUUAUAUUGAUGACUUAUUCCUUUUUUGUUGAAUUGUACUUCUGGUUUUAUACCCUGAAAUCAUCUACAAGCUUGUCCAACUCUAGCACAUGGGCGUAAUGCAGCCCAGGACAGCUUUGAAUGCAGCCCAACACAAAUUUGUAAACUUUCUUAAAACAUGAGAUUUCUUGCGAAUUUUUUUUUUUUUUUAAGCUCAUCAGCUAUCGUCAGUGUUAGCAUAUUUUAUGUGCGGCCCAAGACAGUACUUCCAAUGUGGCUCAGGGAAGCCAAAAGAUUGGACAUCCCUGAUCUACAUAUUUAACUUAAAGUAUCACUCAGUGAGCCUCUGUCAGUAUAAUAUUGCUUUCAAAAAGAUAGUUAUGUCAAAAGAAAAAAUAUAGCUAAGCAUAUAAAGGCAUAAAAAACUUAAGACAAUUAUAUGAACUUAUUCUCAAAUAUUUUACAUUUAAAGCGUUUUACAUAAAAAAUUUUCCCUUGUUUUAUACUGGAAAAUUAUAUAAUUCAUGAUCUCUAAUUUUCAAAUGUUCUCAAAAGUUUAGAUCUUCAGAGAUAAGCUCUGAAAAUAUAGAUCCAUACAUAUAAAAUAUCAAUGAAAUUGUUUUAAAAACUAUUGUCUAACUACAAAAAUAAUGGCAUAUACAUGCAUAAACCAUCUUUAAUUAGAAAAUUUAGUAACAUUCAUUUCAGGCAUCAUCGAUUUUUCUUUUCUUAGCUCCUGUAUUCUUAGAACCAGAUUGCUGAAGCAUGUUUGCAGCCUUCUUCUGGAAGUUGCCUGAAUUUUUUUCCUCCAUCUUUUUAUCACCUUGUUCAGAAUGACAAGUUUGAGAUGAUUCAACCUACAAAAAAAAAAUAAA